CUCCAUUUCUUCCCUUUCUUUCCAUUGUAAUCCUCUCUCUUUAAUUUUUACACCACCGUUUUCUAAUUAUGGACUCUGUCGAUCUCCACGAAGUUCACGAAACCGCCGCCUCCAACGGCGGCGCCAACCACACCGACCACGGUUGGCAAAAGGUUUCGUAUCCUAAACGCCAACGUAAGACCAAAUCCAAGGCCGAUCCAGAAAAGCCUAACCUUACCCGCCUUAACGGAACCCUAACUAACGGCGGUCCUAACGUUUUCCAUUCCCUCGAGCAACAGUCUGAGGAUCGCCGCCGCCGGAUCCUUGAAGCUCAAAGAGCUUACGCUGCUGAUGUCAUUGAUGCCGAUGCUAAGGUUAAGAAUAACAGAUCGGAUCUCGAUGAUGAUGAUGAUAGUGAUCUGGAAGGUGUUAAACCUAAUGGAAAGCCGGCUGAGGUGGAAAAGAAAGUGAAGCAAAAGAAGCCGAAGAAGCCUAAGGUUACGGUUGCUGAGGCGGCUGCGAAGAUCGAUCCAGCUUUUCUCUCGGUUCAUCUCGCUGAAUUGAAUGGCGAACAACAGGAAAUCCAAAUGCAGAAAUUUGCGAAUUUUUAUGGUAAGGCAUUUCAGGAAGUGGUAGCGGGGCAGUUUCCUUGGAUGAAGAUGUUCAGGGAGAGUACCAUUACCAAGCUUGCAGAUAUACCUCUUUCACAUAUUUCUGAUGAUGUUUAUAAGACUUCAGCUGAUUGGAUCAGCCAACAAUCCCUUGAGGCACUUGGUUUUUUUGUCUUAUGGUCUUUGGACAUCAUUCUUGAGGAUUUGGUGGCCCAACAAGCAAGUGCUAAGGGCUCCAAAAAAAGCGUGCAACAACCAUCCUCGAAGUCUAAGGUUGGUAUAUUUGUGGCAUUAGCAAUGGUAUUGCGGCGUAAACCCGAUGCCCUAAUUAGUGUAUUGCCAAAGCUGAGAGAAGAAUCGAAAUAUCAAGGACAAGAUAAGCUCCCUGUUAUUAUAUGGAUGAUAAUUCAGGCAUCCCGAGGAGAUCUUGCUGUGGGGCUGUACAUGUGGGCACAUCACCUCUUGCCUAUAGUUGGUGGCAAGAACUGUAAUCCACAAUCCAGAGAUCUAAUUUUACAACUAGUGGAAUGGAUAUUAUCUGCCUCAAAAGCUCGGACAAUUUUAGUAAAUGCCGCAGUUAGGAAAGGGGAGCGUUUGGUGCCGCCGGCUUCAUUUGAGAUUCUAAUGCGAGUUACCUUCCCUGCUUCUUCGUCUAGAGUAAAGGCGACUGAAAGGUUUGAGGCCAUAUAUCCCACAGUAAAGGAAGUGGGUCUUGCUGGUUCUCACGGAAGCAAAGCGAUGAAACAAGUGUCUGUGCAGAUAUUUCAUUUUGCUUUCAAAGCGGCCGGUGACGGCACUCCUGAGUUGUCCAAAGAAGCAGCCGGAAUAGUCAUAUGGUCUUUGAACCAGAAUGCCGAAUGCUACAGGAUUUGGGAGAAGGCUUAUCUUGACAAUCUAGAAGCAAGUGUUGCUGUUCUUAGAAGACUUUCGGAGGAUUGGAAACAACACUCGGCAAAACUUACUACUCUUGAUCCUUUGAGGGAAACUGUCAAGAAUUUUAGAAACAAGAACGAAAAAGCAAUGAGCAACGGAGCUGAUGCUGUGAGACAGUCACUGUUCCAAGAAGCAGACAAGUAUUGUAAGCACAUAUCGGGAAAGCUAUCACGUGGCCAUGGAUGCUUAAAAGCUUUGGCCUUCUUGGUCGUUGCAUUUGCUGUAGGUGCUGCUGUUGUAACUCCCAACAUCGACCCCUCGGACUGGAGCAAACUAUCCGAAGCUAUUGGCACUGCCGACUGGGACAAACUGUCCGAAGCUCUCAGCACCGCUGACUGGAACAAACUGUCCAAAGUUUUCAGCUCUUAACGAUCUUCCCCAUCUCAUAAACUUCAAAUCUAGGUACUUUCUUUUUUCGAUCUAGAACUUUAACUGGCAACGGAGAAAAAGGUCGUUUGAUAUGGCAUUUUAGGAGAAUACUAUUAGAAUAGCGGCUUAAAGAAGGGGAUAAAAUGGUGCAAUGAGUUUGGUUUUUACUACAAUUACUUGUAUUUCAAAGUAAUUUAUUCUCAUGAACUUAGGGUUUCGAAUAAUUUGAGGAUAAUUUUCAUGUUGAAAAACCAUUAGCUUUUCUCAUAGUUUUUCUUAGGAGCGAGCAUAACUCGAUUUAAAAUUAGUUGAAAACCGGUGUGAUUUGGUUAAAUGGGUUUUCGAUCAAAGUUGUUUUUGUAUUUGAGUUGGUUAUGAGCUUUUAUUCAAGUUUGGUUUGAGAAGGGAAUAA